UGGUAACUGGCAUAGAAUAUUAUUGUCUAUGGUUUAGUGCAGCCAUUUGUGAGCUCUGCCAAAGUUCCUGUGAAAACGUCUGAUCAAAAUGUUGAAAUCAGCUACUGGCACAUUAGCCAAUGUCCUGAAAAGGUCCUUGGUCCCAGCAGUGAGGGUCAGUGCAGUGGUUCCUGCUAGGAGGGCGCAUGGUGCCCCAGUGGAGUCUGAUGAAGAAUUCGAUUGCAGAUAUGAAGCAUUCUUCAACAGAAAAGACAUUGAUGGCUGGGAGAUCCGCAAGGGAAUGAAUGACCUCUGUGGUAUGGAUCUGGUGCCCGACCCAAAAAUCAUCAAAGCUGCUCUGCAUGCCUGCAGGCGGGUGAACGACUAUGCGCUGGCUGUCAGGUUCAUCGAGGCUUGCAAGGACAAGUGCGGGCCCAAAGUUAACGAAAUCUACCCAUACAUUAUCCAGGAAAUCAAACCCACACUAACUGAACUCGGCAUUGAGACUCCAGAGGAACUUGGUUAUGACAAACCAGAAUUAGCUUUAGAAAACGUUUAUGAUAUGUAAGGUUGUCAAAAUAAGCUGUAGAAAAUUUGUAUAAUAGUUUUGUUGUCGACUUUUAUUUUACACAUAAUUGUGAGAAGACGUGUCUUCAAACUCAAGUAUUCUUGGUCCACCAUUUAAAUCGAC